AUGGUAGCCGACGAGUACACUAAUUUGGUGAAUUAUAGAUUACAAGAGAUUCUUGGCUACAACGAGCGAAUUGUUCCCAUUUCAGACAAGCGAACCUCAUCGGCGCCCGUUACUCUCUUCGACAAGAUCCGUCAACACGCUUGUUUUGUGCAUAACAUCCCCAGUCAGCGUUGGAAAUGCCAGAGCCAGAAAUGCCAACCUCACCAGGCCCAUCUCAGCAUAUGUGUCGCAACCAAAGAGAUAAGUCUGAGCAUACUCUUCGUUGUUGGGGGAGAGGAAGGUCAGCCACAUGAUCCGCUCAAAAAGCAGGAAGUGGUGAUACAGCCCUCUGCAACUGUUUCUUCAGAAGUCUCAUCAGCGUCAAUUAGCUACGUUCAUCAAGCUAUCAGUUCUACGGUUGUGCAGGAGAAGUUUGAGGAAACAGCGGCGAAACGCACGUCCAAGUUCAGCAAGUUAGCUAGAGUACUCAAGGAGACACCACUGGAGCCAUCUUCUUCCGGAAGCAACAUUCCGUCACGAGCCAUGAGAAAGAAGGUUGCCUUUACACCUUCAGUCCCUGUCAUACGGGUCAACGAAAAUGAAAUCCAGGCGGAAUCUCUUCUCUCUCCGCCCCCGCUGAUCCAAGAUAUCUGUUCGUUUUUACAGGCCGAUCAAACAUUCACAAUCGGCACCAUUGAGGACGAGUCAGAUCGCCAUUUAAACCUUUCCAAGUCUUUCGUUGGUCCAGAUGUCAAUUAUCAUACUGAAGCGAUUCAUACGACCCUGAAAACAUACUCCAUGCACUGCUCUUAG